GUUGAAGAAAGCGUAAAAGAGUAUUCCAAGCGUUAUGAAGCUCGAGUGGUGUUAAUUAAUGGUGAAAUUUCAGAAGAUGAAAAGAAGUUUUGGAACGUUCUUGGCAUCAGUGAUGUUGAUAAAAGAAGAGAAAAACAUGAAUGGAGAAAUAAGAACUUACCUGAUUUAGAAAUAGGCGAUCAAACU